AUGGCGGAAGAACAACAAGUUUCUUCGUGCAAAGUUUCGGCAAAAAAACCUUCAAAAGCGCGUGGAAAACCAAAACCGAAGCAAUUUCGUUGGGAAACAGGAAUGGUGGAAAACUUGAUAAAAUGCCUUCAAGCUUAUAAGAGUGAAAUGGAAUACAAAAACGUUGAUUUCGAUGGCGAUCGACCAGCUCAGUACACAUGGGUCAGACAAGAAAUGGCAAAGUUGUAUCCUUUGUGGUUGUAUGAUGAAGAUACCUCAAUAUUUGGACCUGUAUUUCUCUCCCCUCCAAAUAUACCAUUUUCGACCAUGUGCAAGGAAGAAAAAGAAGAAUAUACAAAGCAAAAUCAGGCUGAAAAUGAACUGACCAAGAAGGGAUAUUCACGAAUCAGGGAAAAGAUUAAAGAUAUAAGACAAAACUUUUCUCAAGCAGUGACAAACGGCCGACGAAGUGGAAGCGGAAAAAUCGUAUUCGAGUUCUACGAUGAAUUAGUUGUAAUCUGGGGAGGUUCAGCUGCCACUAAGCCCCUUGAAUUUGGUGUGAUAUCGGAUAACUUCCAGGGUGCAGAGCAGGAGAGUGAGGACAAUACCCUCGUGAAUUCAGUAGUAGUCGAAGAUGACAACGUAAACGAACAGACAACUUUAAAUGAGCAUGACAUGGCAGAUCUUGACCUCGAUAUUGGCCAGCCUGAUGGUAAUAUACAUGAUGUCAUCAAAGCAGCUGAAGUGGCCCAAAAAAGAAAAAUUAGUAACCAAAUCCCACACCUCAUUGACAAUAAGCGAAAGCACCUAGAGAAGGCUCUCUCAGCUGCACAGCGAGAUAAGCUGUUACUAAACGAGGCAAAAGAGGAUUCUACAUUUCGCAAAAAUUUGGCAGAAGCAACACGGCAGUCGACAGAAUCUUUUGCAAUUGCAUUAAAGGAUGUGAGCACUUCCAUCAUGAAUGUUGGAAAUGGAAUUUCUCGAUCUAUGGAAAUGAUGUCACAAGCUAUUAUGGCUCAGGUAAUGUCCAAUUCUCAGCCUCGGGGGCCAUUUAAUCAAAAUCUCUUUUACCAACAUGGUGAAAUGUCACACCCACCCCCAGUAUUUCAAACCCACAAUGGUAUGUACCCUCAUAACCCACCAUGUCCAAGUAAUAGCAACAUUGAACCAAACAACGAAUAA